GUCUCGCUUGGCCAUACGUACCAGUUUCUUCGAUACUUACGACUCGGCCAGGAAUGUCAGCAUCUGCGUGCCGUUUGGACUUCAUAACCAGGAUGUCAAGGGAACCUUUACCCUUCCUCUUUUCUUUCCCUUGUCGCUUUGUUGUCCUGUCCGAACGCCCAUCCUCGACCUAGUCAAAACCAGCAGACUACAACAAGCAUAGAGGAAUGGCGACCGUAUCCCUACCCAGUCUGCAUUGCGUGAAUAUCGCUCGGAUGCGCUCCUCCAGCUCCCACCACUCCGAGACCACGCGGCCGGCUCAUCGCCACUCGCCAUCUUCCUACUCACACCCGAACCCCAAUGUCUGGCCAGGACCCGCCACAGUCCACGAUGGUGAAGCGAGAGAGGUGAAGUUGAGUGCAAGUAGGGACUGGUUGUCCCCACAUUAUGCGCACUCACCUCACACCGUUGCGCCAUCGAAGCACCAGCACCCGCACCCAUACAUCCGAGUCGAGCCGUACGUUGAAGUGAAACCACGGCCUUCAUGCUUGCGAUCCUCUGGCUCUCGACCUUCACACCAUGAUCUUCAGACCCACCCUUCGUCGCCUCCCGCCGACCGCCCUGUCCCCCACCCGUCCUACUUCAAUUCGACGGUCCCAGCACUGAACAGCAGUCUUCUCUACGAUGCGGAACCGCCAACGGCGACGGUACUGGAUCGGACGAGCGGUUCGACGAGCAGGCAUUCGGAUCCAAUCGGUGGUAGUGAAAGCCGUCCGCUGCCGCUCCCCACUGGGGCUUCAUCGUCCAGACUGGGUCCCAUUCGUCACUCUCGGCCACGUCAGGCGACUUCGCUCAAGAGACCCAGUGCACCUCGACAGGUGGUGCUCCCCAGUAUUGAGGCUGAUCGUCCCUCUUCUCCGUGGUGCGGCCCAUCGUCACUCAGGGUCUUCCCGCCGACGCCCACGACCCGCCCGCCGUCACUCACAUCACUUGCGGCGAUUCCUUCCCUCGCAUCGGCCCUGUUUUCGCCGCACCCAACUUCUGCGGAGACCACGACCGUCGGGUUCGGGGGCGCAACGAACAUGUCCGGGAUCGACAACAUGAGCUUGGGUGUUGCCGCAGGCGUUCCGCGGAGCAUGGGGUCGUUGGGUGUGGAUGAUUCAUUACAGGAGACGAUAGAAUCUACGGAGGCACUGAUUUCCUUGGAAAGACACCGUCGGCGGCGGGAAACGCAUAACGCUGUCGAGCGCCGACGAAGAGACAAUAUCAACGGGAGGAUCAGCGAGCUAGCGACGCUCAUCCCUGAACAUAUGCUAGUCGACAACGCAGACGACUCGGCCACCCCAGGCACCAAGGCAGAAGAGACUGCUGACAACGAUGGCAUCCUCAAGGCGAAGAAAGGCGCAGUUCUGGGCAAAAGCGUGGACUACAUUCGAUAUUUGCAGCAGGUGGUGACUGCUCAGGGUGCCCGGCACCGUGAAUUGGAGGAAGAACUGAGCGGGUUCUCCAGCGCCCCCUCGAGCGUCUCGGGCUCUGACACCGAGGAGAUGGUUCUCGGCGACUUCUUGAAUGGGUUCGACGGAUCGCUGGGCCUCUGGGGCCAGUUGACUUCUGACUCCCAAGAAGAACGCAAAUGCUAAACGCAGCAGAGCCGAAGAGCGCAGUAGGUAUGUAUCCAUGAAUCACCUUCAUAUAGAAUGUUUGGUCAGUUUUCCCCGAGCUGGAAUAUCCUUGGGCGGAGCGAACCUAUUAGACGACCAGCCUACAGUAGUCAUCCACAGUAGUCAUCCAGUAAUAUGACAGAUGUCCCCUGACAUUCCCGAGCGACAUUCGACCGACUGCUCUACCGCACUGACACGAGGCGGUGGGGAUGUAGGCGAGCACUGUAACGGAUGGAAGCAAAGGGAUAGCAGCUCAUUCGUACUCGCUGUUAUUUCUUUUGCGGUUCGGUCUGGCGCUGUUAUGGGCAUUCUUCCUUAUUUACCGUCGUGACCAUCAUGAAAACCGUUCAAGGACUCAUGUCAGCUCCUAGCUGCAUUUGAG